UGGUUCGAAGAGCGAGAAAUGGUCACGCGCCGUUCAACCGUAGCCGCGUCGGCUCGCGCUGAGAUUUGCGAUGCAACGGUUCGAAUGCACCUGAUCCGCCCAUCAGGUUAACCGCAGAAAGCGCGUCAGCAAGCAGUCCGCAAGGCGUCGCAGUUCACGACAAUCGCGUCCCAGCAAGAAACAGCGGCACCAUGUUGCACCUUCUGGGAAGCCUGAGCAAGCUUUUCAAGCUGCGCAAGGUGCACAUCGACGGCAACGUGUUCCGCCUGCACACCGGCGCCACGGUGGCCUUCCUCAUGUGCUUCAGCGCCCUGCUCACCGCCAAGGAGUACGUGGGCACGCCCAUCGACUGCCACUGCCCGACGCUGCCCAAGAGCGUCGUGGACUCCUUCUGCUGGGUCGAGUCCACCUUCAGCCUGCGCCGGCUGUUCAACGCCUCGUACAACGGCACCGUCGUCUACCCGGGCGUGGGUCACGGUCGCGGCGAGCGCAAGUACCACACUUACUACCAGUGGGUCUGCUUCCUCAUGUUCGCCCAGGCGCUGUGCUUCUACGCGCCGCGAUGGCUCUGGAAGGCCUGGGAAGGCGGCAAGGUGCCCGCCAUUGUGGCGGCGCUGGACAUACGCUCGGCGGUGACGCCGGACAGGGCCGAGCUGCGAUCGCAGAUGGUCGACUUCCUGGUGGCGAACGUGAACCGCAACCGCUGCUACCUGGUCAAGUACCUCCUCUGCGAGCUGCUCAGCCUCGCCAACGUCGUUGCGCAGACGCUUCUCACCGACUACGUUCUGGGCGGAGGGUUCCUCACCUACGGCUGGGACCUUGUGCGCUGGCACCGCGGCGAGGGCCGCGAGUUCGUGAGUCCCGCCGUGAUGGCGUUCCCGCGGAUCGCCAUGUGCACCUUCCUCAAGUACGGCCAGUCGGGAACGAUCGAGAAUCGCGAGGCCAUCUGCGUUCUCCCGCUCAACAUCCUCAACGAGAAGCUGUUCGCCUUCCUCUGGUUCUGGUACGGGUUGCUCCUGUUCGCCGGCUCUCUCACUGUGGUCUACCGAUUCCUACUUCUGCUCAGCGCUCCCCUCAGGCGUCGUCUGCUCGCCUGGCGAUACCCGGACAGCAAACGCAUCGCGGCCGUCGUGUCGACCCUGUCUGCGGGCGACGUCUUCUUGCUCAGCCUGGUGGGGCAGAACGUGGACUCGCUCGUUUUCAGCCAGCUGGUCGCGGAACUGUCACGCCGACUGAUCAAGGCGCCGGCCGUGCCUUCGGCACCGCCGGCGCUGUAACGUUGGGCACGUGCAAAGACAACGGCGCGGCCGCUUUCUCGCACAAAUUCUUCCUGCCUCCGCGCUUUCCCGGCUUGCGGCACUUUUCUUUCCCUGAUUUUUUUUUCUUCCCCUAGAGCUUGAUAUAAAUUCAUGCUUCUAUAGCAAGACCUCUCA